GUCAUCAUCUUCACCACGUUCUGGGGCCUCAUCGGCAUCGCCGGGCCCUGGUUCGUGCCGAAGGGACCCAACCGUGGAGUCAUCAUCACCAUGCUGGUGGCCACGGCUGUCUGCUGUUACCUCUUCUGGCUCAUCACCAUCCUGGCUCAGCUGAACCCCCUCUUUGGGCCACAGCUGAAGAAUGAGACCAUCUGGUACGUGCGCUUCCUGUGGGAGUGACCGCUGCCACUUCGGCCCCAGGUGCCCCAGCUCUCCAGAUGACGUUGGCUGUGCUGUCCCUGAUGACCCCGUAGUCCCCACCCUCACACUGUGUCCGAGUCCCCCCAUCCUUCCUAACCUAGGAUCUGUCUGGUUUCAGGAGCUCCUGCCUUCUCCGUUGAGUCUGGGCCUUGGGAAGCCCCAGGCUCCGAGUCGGAAGGGGGUGGACCCUGCCUUCUACAAAUGUGGCAGCCCCAGAAGGGUCAUGUGUCCUACGGAGAAGGGGGGGGUCCAGUCCAGGACGCUCCACGCCUGGGGGGCGGGACCAGAGAGGAAGCCCUGGGUGGGGAGUCAGCCAGCUCUCAGCUCUGCCACCGUCCUGCCCUGCGGCCCCAGGAGGCAUCAUCUGGCCUCCGUGGGCCUCCUCGGAGACAGAGAGGCCUGAGCAGAGGGCCCCCCAGCUCUUCCCUGGGGUUCUGUAACUUGCCGACACACAUAGAUGUGAAAUUCCUAAGAAAGUUGAAGUAAUGGACAAACAGUCACACACGAAAAACAACAUAGUAAUUUGGGUCAGGAUGGAAAGCUGUAUGUUUAUUGAGCAUUGCCUGUAGUUAUAAAGUCCCUGAGAGGGGCUGCUCAGGGGCUGUAUCUCCUUAGAACACCCUGCUCCACCUUCCGCCCCCAUCUUGGUCCCCCCUCUGCAGAAGCUCCCUGUAGCCCGGAAGGCUCAGUCUGGGCCUGGGACUGGAUUUCACCCUUUGACUACAGUGGGGUGGGUUUCAGAGCCCCCCUCAGAGCAGCAGCUAGGUCACCUGGAGUUAGGGAGGGUGAAGAGAGGUCAGUGCGGGUGAGCGCUGGGCGGCACUGGGCCCGUCCUGGCCCCUGUCCGUUCCUGCCCUGGGAUGGUGACAAGCACCUGGCCUGAUGGGACCUGGAAGGCCGAAUGUGCAGGAACCAGAGCAGAGGGAAGCCAGGACCCUGCCCAUACCGCCCCCCCCCCCAGGAGAGUUGAGGCCGAGACCUCAGGCAUUUGUCCACGUCCCAGAGCCAAUUGGGGUCCCCCGCUCUGCCACAUUGCCUCCCUGAGGGAAGACGCCAAUCUCCAAUAUUUGUUGAGUGUGUUUAUUUAACAUUGCAUUCAGCGGGCGUGUCUUUGGAGCGGUGGUGAGAUGUGCUAUGUCUCACCUAGGUUUCUUGGUUCUGGGCUUGGCCUGUUGCUCAGAGCUCCGGAUUGGGGCUUCCCUUCGACACCCCAGCUCACCGUACGCCCUUGCCAACUCCCUUCCUGUCCUGACCCUCUGGCCCUCCUGCGGAGUGUGGAUUGUGCCACAAACCCGAUCCACGACUAACGGGCGGCGGCUAAGUCCCGGCUGAGGCCGCGCCUGCUGGCUCUUGCCCCCUGUCCACCCAGUUCUUGUGUGCACGGUGGGUUUGGGGCACCGGAGAGGAGACCGGAGGCUGCUCAUAGCCGCGGCUCUGGAUCGUGGACACUGUAAACUGCGUUUUCCUGAGGCCGGAAGGAGAGUGGCGCUGUCCCAGGUUCUGCCCAGAAGCAGUUCCGGCAGGAGGAGGAUGAUUGCUCAAGUCUGCCCGGCCUCCUCUGUGCCCCACACACAGACCCCCGCGGCUCCUGAGGGUGAGCAAUAAAGCAGGUCCCCCAAGUCUCCA